AUGCUGGAGGUGCACCUGCUGCUUCAGGCCUUGCAGCGUGCCUCCAGCGGUGUCCCAGUGGGUGUGGUGACAGCCGCCGCAGUCGCCGCUGCACGCGCUGCCGCCGUUGGGCGCCUUGGCCCCGCCGUUGCUGGCCAGCAGCUCCGCGCCCUCUCCUCCUCGGCGUGCGCGGCUUCUGCGUCGGAGGCAUCAGCGGAGCAGCAGCACAGCCGCAGCGGGGGAUCUCCAAGCAGCGGCGCGGAUUCUUUGAAGGAGCGGAGACAAAGGGGGCAGCAGCACCCCGAUGCGGGCGGUGGGAGGGGCCGGCGGCGGGGAGCUCGGCCGAGAUCGGACAGCGCAGGCGCCGCAGCCCGCCAUACCCAGGCAGCUGACGCAUGGGAUGCAGCAGCGUCGUGGCGCGCGCCGGCUCCCCGCGGCGGGCGGGGCAACAGCGGCAGCAGAGGGGCCGAGCGCGAGGGCCGAAGCGGUCGCGGCGCUGCAAACAGCGGCGACGGCGACUGGGGUGGCGCCGGCUCGGCUUGGGGCGCCGACACCG